UGCCUGUGUCUCUUCCAGCCGUGCCCUCCACACCCGUGUCCCUCCGUCCCUCACCAUGUCCGCCUGUGCAAAGUUCCUCUGCACUCCUGCACUAGUGAGGAGGAGCCCGCGGGUGCUGUGCCAGCCCCUCUCUGCCUCUGUGCUGAGCAGCCCCGAGGCCCGGACGGAGCAGGCACUGGCGGGCACCCACCGGGCCCGGGCCAUCCAGACGAGUGCAGCCCACCGGGACAUUGACACGGCUGCCAAGUUCAUCGGUGCCGGCGCUGCCACAGUGGGGGUGGCCGGUUCCGGCGCUGGCAUCGGCACUGUCUUCGGUAGCCUCAUCAUUGGCUAUGCAAGGAACCCCUCGCUCAAACAGCAGCUCUUCUCCUAUGCCAUCUUGGGCUUCGCCCUCUCCGAGGCCAUGGGGCUCUUCUGCCUCAUGGUGGCCUUCCUUAUCCUCUUUGCCAUGUGAUGGAGAUGGUGACGGUGACAGUGACAGAGCCCCGCUGUGCCCGGUGCCCUGGCAGGGGAGACCCCCGAGCCUGGCCUUACCGCAGGUGGGAGGGGAAUAAAGACGGUUUGAUAACAGGA